AUGGACAUCGACCACUCCAAUACAACGACCAGCUCCAUCGCCCUCAUUGAUAACACUGCGCCCCGUCGCCGCCAUUCAGAAACUCCCACCGCUACAACAAACGGCGGCAGCCACAUCUCCCGAAAAUGGACGAAACGGUCAAUUCGCGGGGAGCUGAAGAAGCGCAAGUACGCUAAAUGGCAACCGGAUCGAUUGGGGCUUACGACCGAUGAUGAAGACAAUACCAACUACAACAACAACAACAGCAACAAUGAAGAGGAGGAAGGCAUACCGUCAUCCAGCAGACGACCCUUCGAAAGACCAGAACCGUCAGACCUCUUUACUACAGAAACAGCAACCACCACGAGCCCUCCCCCAUCGCAAUACCAAAGUCGAAGUGACAGUCCCAGCCAACAACAACAACAACCCUCCCCCCCUUCGCAGGAUGUAAGCGCCACGGAUUUCGCCCCAGAAAGCAACACCCUCAUCACCACCACCACUACAACUACAGGGGCUAACGCCCCCAAACUCACCGGCCUAAAACCCAACACCGAGCUCGACAUCCUCUACGAAAACCAACGCGGGUGGUUCUUCUUUGGCAUCCCGCUCUACUCACAUAGCUCCCUGCUCAACUUCGACCCCUCCGCCUGGCAGACCGCCGACCUGCGCGACAGUCCCGUGGACAUCACGAACGCGCAAGUGCCCGACCCCAGCUGGGUGUGGGCGUGGCGGUCCUGGUACGUCGAUAUGUCCGGCGACGUGGACGACCAGGGAUGGCAGUAUUCGUUCUCGUUCAAGUCGACGGCGUGGCAUGGGUCGCAUCCGUGGUUCCAUUCGUUUGUGCGCCGGCGCAGAUGGGUGCGGGUGAGGACGAAACGGUUGGUGGAUAGACAUGGACGGACGGAGUUGGAGAUGGCACAUAGGUUGAAUGAGGAUUACUUCACGAUUCACUCGGGGAAGAAUAAGAAGAAGAGGCCGGUUAGUGAGGUCGGUGGGGGUGGGUAUGGGGCUACGAGUUUGGGUCGGACCACGACUGCGACGACUUCUAGGGAGAUGGAGGAGGAGGAAGGGGCGCCGAUAGAGGAAAUAGCAGAUAUCCCGGCGUUGAUGCACGCGUUGAGAGUAGCGAUUGUGGAUCGCGAGAAGGUGGAUGCGUUGGAUCGGUUCGUCGACGAGGGCGGGGAGGAGUUGUUUUAUUUGGAUGAGAAGAUCCCCGAAAUCAUGUCCAUGUUCGUCUUCCAAGCCUCCCGCUGGCACUUCGUCCUCCACCUCACCGACGUCGUCGAGUCCCUCUCCCAACAACUCUCCUCAUCUAGCGGGGACAACGAAGCCGCCGAGCUGCAGCGCAAGCUGAAUCAUCUCCGAAAGGCCACCGAAACAGCUAGACGCCAUCUCACGGGCCCGGGGGUCCUGCGAACCGAGAACCGGAAAUCGAGCAUGGAGAUGCUGGAUUUGACACCCGUUUCGAAGCGCGGGAGUCUGUUGGCGAGAUACUCUGGUCGGUUCGAGUUCAAGUCAAUGGAUGAUGGUGGGGAGAUUAAGGGGAUUCCUAAGGAGGCGGAGGUAGGGAGGGAAGGGCAUAUUUUCCAGUAUUCUUCUUGA